AUGGACUCCAAGUUCGAUCCAUACUCCCAGAACCUCACCUUCCAUGCGGCUGAUGGAACCCCGUUUCAAGUACCUGUGAUGAUGUUGGAUGAGUUCUAUCAGUACUGUAUCCAGAUAUGCAUCAACUACGGGGCUCAGUUUGGUGCUUCUGUGAUCAUUUUCAUCAUCCUUCUGCUUUUGACUAGACCCGACAAGCGUGGCUCUUCGGUCUUUUUCCUCAACAGCGGUGCUUUGCUGCUCAAUAUGGGCCGGCUCCUCUGCCAUAUGAUCUACUUCACAACCGAUUUCGUGAAAGCCUACCAGUAUUUUGCUGGUGAUCAUUCUAGGGCACCCACUUCCGCGUACGCCAACUCUAUCCUGGGGGUCAUUUUUACAACUCUUCUCUUGAUCUGCAUUGAGACAUCGCUUGUACUCCAGGUCCAAGUCGUCUGUGCCAAUCUUCGACGCCGGUACCGAACCAUUCUCCUCUGCGUGUCGAUCUUGGUUGCCCUUAUUCCUGUUGGAUUUCGCCUAGGAUACAUGGUUGAAAACUGCAAGACAAUUGUCGAAGCUGAUAACCCCCUGUCACUUGUGUGGCUGGAAAGCGCUACCAAUAUCCUCAUCACUAUUAGUAUCUGCUUCUUCUGUAGUAUCUUCAUUAUUAAGCUCGGAUUUGCCAUCCGUCAGCGAAGGAGACUCGGUGUUAGGGACUUCGGGCCGAUGAAGGUGAUAUUUGUCAUGGGUUGCCAAACCUUGACCAUUCCAGCGCUGCUUUCGAUUCUUCAGUAUGCGAUCACAGUCCCCGAACUUAAUUCGAACAUUAUGACCCUGGUCACUAUCUCUCUUCCGCUAUCCUCCAUCUGGGCUGGUGUUUCCCUUACCCGCUCAUCCUCCACCGAGGAUUCCCCGUCUCGUGGUGCCUUGUGGAAUCGCCUCAAUGACUCAGACGGCACGAGGAGCAACCAGACAUCUUCCACGGAUACUACUGUCGCCAUGACCUAUCCAAGUAACAAGUCGAGGACGGUCUGCUAUGCGGAUCAGAGCUCCAUCAGAAGACAGCAUGACCCUGAACAGGGGCAUGGAAUCUCAGUGGAACACGAUGUGUCGGUUCAGAGUUGCCACAGACUUUAG